GCGGUGCUGGAUGCUCUCGCCCCGCUCCCAGGCGAGUCCCACGCACAGGCCGUCGGCCCCUCGUCAACCUCCCCUGUUGGUUGUCGUCCGCGUCAUCCUGGAGCAGCUCGUCCAUCCUCCUCCACCACACCAUGACCGAGUGGGACAUGUCCGACACGGCCCACAUCCUCGACGACGCCGAGUUUGCCGACGGCGACUUUGUGCUCGUCUCGGCGGACGGCGUGCGCUUCCGGACAGCAAGCUACCAACUCUUGUGGGCCAGCCAUGCACUCCGCGACGCCGCUGCUGCAAGUAGCGCCAACGAGCGCAGUAUCACCUUCACCGACGCCGAGAUCGAAUCCGCCGACAUCCUGCGCGCGUUCCUCCGCUUCAUCACGAGCGGCGUGCUGCCCGUCAGCCGCAAGAAGAUGGGCAACCCGACCAACGGGCUCGACCGGCUGCCGCGCCUAGUGCGCUUCUUGGAGAAGUACCAGUGCCACACUGCGCAGCGGUUCGCGAUGGUGUGCGUGCGCGAGGGGCUGAGGCGCGGCGUGUGCUCGCCGCUGUGCGCGUUCGUCACCGGCGCGACGGUCGGCGACGACGUGACUGUCACUGCUGCGCUGGGCGCCGACCCGCAGACGUGGGGCGCGAGCUCGGCCGCAGAGAGCAAGGCGCUCGUCAUGAGCGCGUUCAAGGUCAACCCGUUUGGCGACGAGGCGAAGGCUUCCCUCGAAGAGGGGGACGAGGACGCGCAUGUGCUCGACCCGAGCAGCAUGCCGUUCAUUGCUUGGUCGCAGACGCCCGGCGAGUACAUCUGGGCUCUGAGCCGCGCUUGGAAGAAGGCGCGCGGGCCGGACGGCAAGGGCGAGGGAGAUCUGCUGUGGUACUUUGAGGAACUGCUGCGUGCGGCCAAGGACACAUCCAUUCUCGCGCUUACGACGCGCCAGAGUACGCGUCCCGACUCGAUCCCCUCCGUCAUCGGGCUGAGCACCGCGUAGUGUGUGUCGUGGCGCGUGGCCCCUUUGUGCCAAGGACAAUGUGUGUUGCUGUUGUUUGUUUUGAUUGAUGGAGUUUGUCGUUGUGCCGGGUGCGAGAGGUUGCCUUCGCGUACUACUCACCAUCACUGCCAUCACUGGUGCCAUCAGCAGCAUGUUCAUCGACGGGAAGUACAUUACGAGACUCGCCC